ACAGAGUCAGAGGCCGGGUCGCCUCUCGAACGAAGGUAGCAGAGUGUGUUAUACUGUUAUCGGCACUUUGUUCCUUCUUAACUUCGUAUUCAUCCGUGUUAUCGGCACUGGCAAACUAAGUUUGCACUAUGUAUUUUCUACUUUAAAGUGUUCGAUUAAGUCCGACCAGGUUCCCGCCGUUGCUCAUGUACACACUUCACUCUGAUUCUCACCCAAAAUGUUCAGAUGCAAGAAGAGGACGAAAAUAUUUCUAUACAUCGCGACCGCAUUUAUCACCAUCGAACUUCUGUACUACUAUUAUUCCAGAUCGGACUUUUCCAAUAUAGAUUCAAAUGAAGUUUUAGCAAGAUGGUACAAUUAUACACCAGAUUCAUUGAAUGGGCCAGCGGUCGCCAUGGACAACCCGCAGCUAUUAAAUAAGAUCACAAAACACUUUUUAAUACCACCAGUAGACCCAGCUAACCAUCCUUACAGCCUGAGUCAUGCAAAUGUCAAAGAUCCAUCAAUGGGCCAGAGCGAUAAAGUCAAGAGCAUACUGGACAACAAAACAAAUGGGUUUUUCAUCGAAGUUGGAGCUCUUGAUGGAGAAACAAGAUCUAAUACUCUUUAUUUCGAACGAUACCUAAAUUGGACAGGCCUUUUGAUUGAACCCGAUCCGCUUAAUUUUGCUGAAAUGUUACGGAAAAACAGAAGAGCUUGGCUCUCACCCUGCUGUGUGAGCAUUAAUCCAUACCCAGAAAUUGUUCAAUUCGAACAAAACAAAAAUAUGGGCAAAAUUGUAGGAACAGGGGUUAAUAAUGACAAAAAAGAGAGCACAAGUACUGUCGAUGUUCAAUGUUUUCCCUUGUAUUCGUACCUUUUAGCUCUCAACAGGACCCGAAUUGAUUACUUCAGCCUUGAUGUUGAAGGUGCAGAGCUUGCCGUUCUCAAAACUAUUCCUUUCCAGGCACUUGACAUUCAGACACUUUCUGUCGAAUUUAUCCAUGUUCCUGGUGGUAAGGACGCUAUAUCAGAUUUUAUGUUCUCUCAGGGUUAUAUCGUCCACUCUGAGGUCACACAUCAUGACUGGCUCGCUAAUGACUUUAUAUUUAUGAAGGUUUAAAUUGUCGAUACCUUUAACACUUAUUUUUAAAUUAUUGUCAAAGGUGCUUUGCCAGGAGACUGAUAGAUUUUGCCAAUGUUUUUAGUAACUAUAGUUGGUGUUUCUUGUCGGCUGGAUGUCAGAUACAUGAUUGUAGAAUUUGUCAGUGUGGCAGCCAGAGAAUGAACAACUCAUCAAUUCGUGACUUUUUUAAUUUUUGGCACCGUUUUGGACUUAGUCCUUCAUCAGGCAAAACAUUUAGGAUAUGGAAAUUGCGAAAAUGAAAAAUGUCUGCAAAUCAUGAACUGCUGAGUUGUACAUUCUCUGGCCGUCACCCUGACAAAUGCUCCAAUCAUGUUUUUAAUAACAAAACAUGUUAAUUAAUUUUGUAUUGAAGUGAAGUUUCCUCCUUUAUAUUUAUUAAUUAAGUAAUGACAGUUUCUUGAGUGAUGUUCUGGUGCUAUAAUUGUAAAGGACCCUAUGCUAAGCUUUUUUUUUUAUUAAUAUUUAUUCAUUGAGUUACCAAAUGUAUGUAUUCUGCUCAAACAUGCAUAUGCGAUUAUGAAAUAUCAUUUUUGUCUGUCCUCACCUUUUUAGAGCGAAAAAAGGGUAAUUUUUUAAAUUCCAGUCCUCUCUAUUGGUACAACUAUUUCUAUAAAUUUUGUAAAAUUUUGUUGAUUUUAUAAUUUAAAUGAAAAAUGUAUGAGAAAAAUAUCAACAAGAAUAAAUUAAAUUUAUUUUUCCUACAAAAACUUUUAAUGUUACAUUUCUACCUCAUCAGUAUGCAAAAUUAAAUCCCCAUAGAAUGCAAAGAUAAGUAUUAUAUGCAAUUAGUGGCUCUAGUUAAUCGUGGUUUUUUAAGUAUUUAAUUAAAUUGUUGAAGUGAUUUAGUGUAUGCUUGAACUGUUUAGUGCCUUACUAAUUGUUUAUAUAUGAAAAGGAUUAAUACAAAAUUGUAUUUAAGAUUAACAUUGGAAUGUAUAUGUCACAUUGCUGUUUGGUUAAUAAAUAUUUGAAAUGUUUUGAC